UUAACCUCCCCCUCUCCGGAGGCGCGCCUCCUGCGGAAAUCGGGGGAAUUUGGAGAAGAAUCAGAAAUAAAAGACGAUGCAGGUGUCUGCCCUGCUACUGAGAAGAAGAAGGACAUAAGAAGCAAUGAGGCAGGCCAUGGCUGCUACAGGGGGAUUUGUACGGUGAGGCGCACUGUCCAAUAUCUGCUACCCAGGGGUUUAAAUUCGGCCUCAAUUCAUUCCAGCCUUGAUUGCUCGAAUCUUAUCGAGCCCUUCUGGGGUUAA